AUGGGCGGCGACCCACCUCCGGAUCCCUACGAGGUCCUCGGCCUGAGUCAGAGCGACGACCCCUCGCCGGGCGACAUCAGGAAGGCGUACCACAAACUCGCCAGGGUCCACCACCCCGACAAGGCACCCGCGGACAAGAAGGACGAGGCGGAUGCGCGUUUUAAAGAGAUCGGCGCCGCGUACGCGCUCCUCUCGGAUCCCAAGGCGCGGGAGAGGUACGACGCGCACGGGCACGAGGACGAGUACGAGGACCCGAGGGAGUGGAUGGAGGCGGAGACGCACGCGCGGAUGCAGUACUGCGCCGCGAUGGGGGUGCCCGAAACGGUCGUGCGCCAGCUGUGGUGCACGCUCGAGGAGCUCUUCACCGGGACGCGAAGGCACGAGCGCGUGGACAUCUUCACCGUCGACACCGGGUAUCGGGGGAUGCCGGGGAAGGAGACGAUGCGCUUCAACGUCGGCGUCGCGCCCGGUUGGAGGGACGGGCGCGAGAUUCGAUUCGGCGCGCUGGGAACCAACCGCCUGCAGUCGGUGGUGUUCGUCGUCAGGGAGCUGCGACAUCCCUACUUUUCGCGACCGAGGGACAAGACCAGCGCAGACGUGUUGGUCCGUUUCGCCCUCACCAAAGCACAGCACGAGGCGGGCGCGGUGGUAUCGGUGCCGACGCUCACCGGCAGACCCCUGAAGCUCUCCAUCAAGGCCAACAGCGCCGUCGCGAGGAGCGGCGGCGUCAAGAGGAUCCCCGGCGAGGGCUUCCCAAUCGCCGCCGAAACCGACGCCGGUGCGGACGCGAUAAAGCCCGGCGCUCGCGGCGACAUGGUCGUCAAACUGAGGGUGCAGAGCGCGUUCGAGACGUGGCUCAGGACAGGUAACCGCAUGCGAUACGCCAGGACGCUCGGGUACGUCGUCGGCGGGCUGGGUUGCACGUACGUCAUCCUCGGGUGUCUCGCGUACGCCCUCGACGUCGAGGGAUGCAGAACCGGUCGCGUUCGCGUCCCGGAUGAGUUGUUGCUCGGGAACUUUCCUGGCGCGUACGGGUUGCUCGGCGCGUUCGGGACGGAGAUGUUCGGUAGGUCCGAGGCGAGGGUGUCGGAGCGGAUCGCGGAGGUUUGGGACCCUGCGGAGCUCGGGAUGCGCGUCGCGUUGGAGUGCGGUUGGUCGUCGCGAGCUCCGGCGAUGAACCAGUUGUUUAGGAUGUACGUCUAA